AAUAUAUGGUUAACGAGCUAUCACUCUCUUAACAAUGCAAAUAUAUGCCUUGCUUUGGAAAGAAACAACGGUUAAAACAUGACAGAAGUGAAGAAUCAAGAUAAACAUUCAACUAAACAAGGCUAAUUGGUCAAGCCAAAGAGCUACUUAUCUUUCCAACUUUACCAAAAAUAGUAGUAGAUAAGACGAAAAUAGUUAGAAGUUGCAACCUUGAUGGCAACAUAUGGAUUGGUCCCAUAACCUUAGGUAAAACUGUUUACACAGAAAGAGAGAGAGAGAGUAGUAAGUAGUAGCUAUUGGUGUAGCUUUCUUCUCCAUUGCAAAGACAUAUAAGUAAGACAAUGAGUUAUUUGUUCACAUUUUCCUGAUGGGUUGAUGAUUCCAAAAGCUGUAAGCAUCUGUAGACUGGACCCCAUACAUAAGCUUGUCAGAAACUCAGUCAGCCACACAACUUCUCAAGGCCACUAACUUCUCGCCACGUGUUCAUCCCUCAGGACUCUAUCCCUUCCUUGGCUUUACCAUUCCACAACUAAUAUUAGCCUUAGUAGUCCCCUGCUUUUAGAUACUAAAUCUCUCAACACCAUUGCAUCUGAGUUAAUAUGUUGAAAGAAGAGAGUAACUGGGCACAAGUCUGUGAUUCAUGCCGAUCAGCCGCAUGUACCGUGUACUGCCACGCUGACUCUGCCUACUUGUGCACUAGCUGUGAUGCUCAAGUUCAUGCUGUCAAUCGUCUUGCUUCUCGCCAUGGACGUGUUCGAGUCUGUCAAUCAUGUGAGCGAGCUCCAGCUGCCUUUUUCUGCAAGGCAGAUGCUGCAUCCCUAUGCACAGCCUGUGACUCAGAGAUUCAUUCUGCAAACCCACUUGCUAGACGCCAUCAGCGAGUUCCAAUUCUGCCGAUAUCUGGAAACUCUUACGGUUCCAUGGAGACUAACCAUUCAUGUGAGACAACAGUGACAGAUCCAGAGAACAGCAUGGUGGUGGUAGGUCAAGAAGAAGAGGAUAGAGAUGAAGCGGAGGCGGCUUCAUGGUUGUUGCCUAAUUUAGGGAAAAACAGUGGUAACAACAACAAUAGUCAGAACAAUGGCUUCUCGAUUGGUGACGAGUAUCUGGACCUUGUCGAUUACAGUUCAAGUAUGGAUCAAUCCAGUCAGUAUCAACAACACCGAAACGUACCUGAGAGGAGUUAUAGAGGAGAUGGAGUUGUUCCACUUCAAGUUGACGAAUCAAAGAGUCACAAGCACCACGAGGAACUGAACUUUGAGUUGGGCAUCACCUAUGCUCCACCAAGCUCCUCCAAUGGUUUCAUAAGUCAUAUGGUACAUGUUUCAUCUAUAGACCUUGGAGUUGUGCCAGAGUCAACAACGAAGUCAACAACGAGUGACGCAACAGUAUCACACCCAAUAUCGCCCAAAGCGGUAACAGACCAAAUACCUGAACCUCCAGCUCAGAUGCUCAGUCCAAUAGAGAGACAGGCUAGAGUUAUGAGAUACAGAGAGAAGAAGAAGAUGAGGAAAUUUGAGAAGACAAUACGAUAUGCUUCAAGGAAAGCGUACGCAGAGAAAAGACCACGGAUCAAGGGCCGGUUUGCAAAGAGGAAAGAAGUCGAUGCAGAGGCAGACCAAGCUUUCUCCACUACGCUAACGUUCGACACCGGAUAUGGAAUUGUUCCUUCAUUAUAAUGCCCUCCUAUGACAAAACUAAAUUGCAUGCUUAGUUAUUACCUCUGUAAUGCAUACAUACGUCAAAAGUUUUGUCUAACUAAUACGAAUCAUUUAGAUAUUAUUCAUAUUUUGCUGCUGUUGCUACAACAAAAUUUUCCCAUUUGGUAGAAAUCGUCCUAUUUAUGAAAUAUUACCACCA